AUGGUGCUCGAUUCCCUAGAAGGCGACGGAAUCUCAGACGUGUUAUUGCACUGGCUCCAUGCUAAAGAUGAGUUGGGAUACGGACCGUCGCUGUGGCUACCAGAUACAGUGGUCUACAAAUUUGGGCAGCCGGUACACUGGUAUUUUACAAGCGCAGCUGAUGGUAAGAUCAAAAAGAAAAACAAACAAAAUUUGGUAAACGUCCGCAUCGAGGAGACGUUUAACAAGCGUAACAUCGGGUGCGACAUCGUUGCGUACUACAUCAGCGAGGUCACCGAUGAGAGCGGGGGGGGGGCAACAACAAACAUAGAGUAUUUCGACCGCAGAGGAUUACAUGAUUUUUUAUAUAAUCGCUGGAAGGAACAUAAUGGGGUGCUGCAGCGCUUCGUCGAACCUAAGGGGAUCAGGAAUGUGGUCAUUCGUGCGAUCUGGUCCCCGAAGGUCUGUCUGCUCGAACGAAGAGUGAAUGCAAAGCAACUCCAUGACCACCGAUACGGCCUUUAUGAACGUGCAGUUACAUAUGAGGGACCUGAACAUUUCAGUGCGGCGGCCCCCCUUCGAGGUAGCACCCUUCCUAGUCAAAUCCAACGAAUCUGUGAAAAUCUUGUCACACACAUCAAUGAAGUAUCUUUCCAAAAGCACCGCAUUGCACGAAUGGUGAUUAACUUCAAAGUGGAUUCUAGAGAUCGAAUCUGGCUCCUUUGGAGCAGUUCUAUUCGGCUUACCAGCGAGCAUAAGCAAGCGCCAAUCUCGAUUGGAAAUGCGGCUGAGACGAAACAAGCUGUCAGCAUUGACUCAAUUGUCCAACUACCACCAUAUGUCAAGCUGGUUGAUAAAGCAAGUCACUCUGAGGCAGAGCCGGAGAGUCUUGCCUGCGUGUGCUGCGUUAGCUGUGCGAAAGUGGCCACGUCGGACCAAUUUCAUCCGGUCCAGUAUAAGACCAUAAUUACGCACUUUGAACUACUCCUCAGCCUUCUCCAGGUUGAUACAGAAACGGGGUUAUUAAAAUGGCCGCCCGCCCCCGAGGUUAUUGCGGCAGCCGGGGGUGUCGGGUUUGGAAACCUACUCUCGCACCAGGAGCGAAACAAGCAAGAACCACGUGACAUUAACGUUACUUUGCCACCGAUCAUUCGCAAAGUCCAUCCCAAGUUGACACCUGCAAUGUAUCGAAAAUACCGACGAGAUCCCCUUUUUAUGUACAAAACAGUAGCCGUCUGCGAAGACUGCUUCCUAGUAUAUGCAGAAUUGGCAAAUUCACCUUUGACCUUGAUGACUACCCAGCGUGAAAUUGUAUCAAGCAGUCUUGGCAUGGGUCUUUCCUCGCGUGCCCCACCUUGGGAAAAUGAACCCUUAGGGCGACUCCAUCACGAGCAUUCUCAUGAGGCACCCAUAAAGCCGAAUCGAAAUACCUGGAUGCUCACCGAAGCCCCCUCCAUGCCUGCUCCAAUUUAUAGUUCGCCCAACGUUGCUAGUGAUGCUUCCCCAAAUACCCAGCCGGACAAAUCUGGCUUGCAAUUAUCCGUGGAUGAAAUCGUAAGACGACGAGAGGAAACUUUUUUCAAGGCAGUAAAGAACAGAGACGAUGUUCAAAAGGGUCAUCCUUUGACGCACCUAGUAACCUCGUACCGCUCGAUUCAGCAGCAUUCGAUUGAAAAGUCAAAUGGAUCAUACAAGCCCGCGGGUAUCGCUCCAGUUCAAGGGCGUGCUCCAGUUCAAGGGCAUGCACAUAGGAGCCCGUAUUUUGAACAACCCGCUCUGUUAGAUUCAUCAAGAAAAAAAACAGAGAACGAAGCAAAGUCUGUGCAUAGACAGCAGAUUUCAAAAUCGUCGAAGCAGCAUAGGGAGUUUCUGAUGUCCACGCAUUUCACAGUUGGAAGAUGUCCAGCAUUACCUUGCGACACCCAGCUCACUUCGAGCCUGGGUGCAGCAUGCCCCUGGACCUCGCCUGGCUCCAAGGGCAUCAUACACGGCGUGGGGUCGAGUAGACUCGCCGCCAUGCGCAAAGUGGGGAGUGGCUGA